CCCUGCCCUCCUGGGCAGCCGGGGCAGCAAGGACGGCACCAAGGGAGCUGCCCCAUGGACAGGGCCCCACAGAGACAGCACCGAGCCUCUCAGGAGCUGCUGGCCGCAAAGAAGACCCACAGCUCACAAAUUGAAGUGAUUCCUUGCAAAAUCUGUGGGGACAGGUCGUCUGGGAUCCACUACGGGGUUAUCACCUGUGAGGGGUGCAAGGGUUUCUUCCGCCGGAGCCAGCAGUGUAACGUGGUCUACUCCUGCACCCGCCAGCAGAACUGCCCCAUCGACCGUACCAGCCGAAACCGGUGCCAGCACUGCCGGCUGCAGAAAUGCCUGGCACUGGGCAUGUCCCGAGAUGCUGUCAAGUUUGGCCGCAUGUCCAAGAAGCAGAGGGACAGCCUGCAUGCCGAGGUGCAGAAACAACUACAGCGGCAGCAACAGCAGCAGCGGGGACAAGUGGCCAAGACCCUGCCAGCGGGGGGCCAGGGAGCAGAUGCCCUUGCAUGCCCUGUGGGACUCCCAGAUGGGCAGCUGCCCCUGGGCUCUUCGCCUGACCUGCCUGAGGCCUCGGCCUGUCCCCCCGGCCUCCUGAGAGCCCCAGGCUCUGGGCCCUCCUGCCCCAGCAGCCUGGCCAAGGCGGGGCCCAACGGGGCCUCAUACCACCUGGGACACAGCCCCGAGCGGGGCAAGGCCGAGGCCAGAGACGGCUUCUAUGGCACAGGCAGCCAGCUGCCCCCUGACACAUGUGGGCUUCAUUUCGAGGACCCCAGGCAUCCUGGGCUUGAGGAACCAGGACAGGGCCCGGAUAGCUACUGCAGCCCCAGCUUCCACAGCACCCCAGAGGUGCCCUAUGCCUCCCUGACAGAGACUGAGCACCUGGUGCAGAACGUUUGUAAGUCCUACCGAGAGACAUGUCAGCUGCGACUGGAGGACCUGCUACGACAGCGCCCUAACAUCUUCUCCAGGGAGGAGGUGGCUGGCUACCAGAGGAAGUCAAUGUGGGAGAUGUGGGAACGCUGUGCCCACCGCCUCACUGAGGCCAUUCAGUACGUGGUGGAGUUCGCUAAGAGGCUCUCAGGCUUUAUGGAGCUCUGCCAGAAUGACCAGAUUGUGCUUCUCAAAGCAGGAGCAAUGGAAGUGGUCCUGGUCAGGAUGUGCCGGGCCUACAACGCUGACAACCACACAGUCUUUUUCGAAGGCAAAUACGGAGGCACAGAGCUGUUCCGAGCCUUGGGCUGUGGGGAGCUCAUCAGCUCCAUCUUUGACUUCUCCCACUCCCUGAGCACAUUGCGCUUUUCUGAGGAUGAGAUUGCUCUCUACACAGCCCUCGUGCUCAUCAACGCCAACCGGCCAGGGCUCCAAGAGAAGAGGAAAGUAGAGCAGCUGCAGCACAACCUGGAGCUGGCUUUCCAUCACCAUCUCUACAAGACCCACCGCCAAGGUAUCCUGGCCAAGCUGCCACCCAAGGGGAAGCUUCGGAGCCUGUGUAGCCAGCACGUGGAAAAGCUGCAAACCUUCCAGCAUCUGCACCCCAUCGUGGUCCAGGCUGCUUUCCCUCCACUCUACAAGGAACUCUUCAGCACUGAAAUUGAGUCACCUGAGGGGCUGUCCGAGUGACCCAGAGGAGGGACUGCUUUUCCCUUCUCUGGAGCCCGCUGGCCCUCGCCCCAGCCCUCCUCCUACCCUCACCUUUUUCUUUCCUGUGCUCUGAGAGGGUGGACCCUGCCUGUUCUUUGGGGGUGAGCGAUUGCUCAGACUGGCUUUCUGCCCACAGACAUGCCCAGCGGUGGGCCAAGAGCCAGAGAGGGUAGGGAUGAAGGAACACCGUCUCCAGCCUCAGCUUGGUCGCGUCUCCUUCACCAUGACUCUUCACCCCCAGCUUCUGAGAGGCCCAGGGUGGCACAUAGGGACCUCUAGGAGGACCACAGGGUCCUCAGGACACCAGGGGGAUCCAGGACACCCUGGAUGAAUGGAACUCAACUCUGAGCUCAGAAGCUAAGAACAGGACUUUAAAAUACCUCAUUGCAUUUCCCUGUGGGCUUUGGCUGGGGAGGUAUGUCAAGCUCAGAGACUGGCAGCUGGAGCCCAGAAGGACCUGUAUAUAACACGAACACAGAUCUUUAGAUUUUCUGCCUUCCCUCCUCCUCUCAGCUCAGCAAGGAAGUGGUUGGGCACGCUUCCCUUUACCCAGGGUCUAAAAAAAAACUGGAUAUGUGAAGGGUAAGGAUGAGAUGGGGGUAAGGGGCUGGGAUAAUCUUUUACGGGAUUUUAUGGGAUUUUUAGGGAUAAGGUACAAUGGAGGCCAAGAGCAUCAUAGAUUGAGUUAGAACUCAAACCUCUUAUGUGCACUUUAGAAAUAGACUUUAGGGGUCAACACAAACCUGAUGAGAGACACACACCCAUGCACAGGUGAAACACAUACUCACAAACUCAACCUGCAAUUAUGCACCUCUACAGUACAUUUAAUCUGACACAGUCCCUGUCUUCCUUGAGGUCACAGCUCAGAGGUGCAUAGUGGCCUCAGGAAAAGAGUCCCAACCCUGAGGGACCCCAGAACAUUUUCAUGGUGCUCCAGUCCACCAACCUUACACCUGGGGUGGCCUAAAUGCCAUCCCAGCCCCAGAUGUCUUCUAGCACAAGAAAUCCCAGGAGAAGAAGAGAUGGCUGGACACUGGUCAGUCAGAUGGUCCCAGACAGAUGUUGGAGGAGCCCUGCUGUCAUCAUGGAGAAAGGAAACAGACACAAUUUCAUCACUUUGUGAUGGGGCACUACUGACUCUAGCAGGGAGGAGACCAGGGAACAGGGCAGACACCUUCCUCUCAGGCUGCCCCAAAACUUCUCUUGCUUGGCUUUACAAAUCGCUAUGAGCCAUCCUCUGAGGGAUAAACAGCAGGUGAUGCGGGGGAGGGGGUUGUAUUGCUCUCAGGGGAGGGUUUAAUAGGCUAGACAUAAAUCCUAA